AUGUCCUCCUCUGUGGGGAUCCUUCCUCAGACAUCCUGGGGGGAGGCUCCAAAGAAGCUCGAGCUGUCUGCUUACAACUUCCUGAUAUUCAGACACUUGAGUUCCGUAAGGAUCCCUCCUUCCCAGUGCAAGUUUACUCUUCUGCCUUCACCACCUGAGCAAGUAGUCUCAGCUACAAAGCUGGUAACAUCGAGUCAUCUGCCCCUUCAUUGCCCAAAGGAGACUGAGGCCAGGGCCCAAGAAGAGUCCAGAAAAGGUAUGGCAAAGGAAGAGGAGGAUCAUGUACAGACAGAAGGUCCCUGGAGGACAAAGGAGACCUCCCCUUCCUUCAUGUGCAGUCCUGGUCCUCUGGAAGGAGGCAUCUAUCCCAAGCACUCAGGAAACAACUUGAGGGACAAGGCCCAGCUGUCUCCCACCAGCUCCCUCUCUGAAGGCCACACUGUCCUCUCACGCAGCCCUGCUGGAGGUGUCCAGCCUCCAGGAAAGCCUGAUCCAGAUGAGGCAGUGCUCCCUGACCCAACCCCAGGCUGUUCCUUGCUGCCAGAGAAGAAGGCCAAGGAAGUGCAGGAGGAAGACCAUCGGCCCAGCUCUCCAGGUUCGCUGAUACCAGGGAAGUAGCUGCAGUGCAAAAAGCCUCUGGAUAGUCCAUCGGACAGCUGCAUUCCACCCACAGCUGCCAGGAGUAGGUCCUGCAGAAGGAAACCUGGGAUGCCGAUGCCACUGCCACUGCCACUGCUGCUACCAGGAAAUGCAAGUGAGCUGCUCAUCUCCGAAGAUUCUUGGCAGAGCUACUGA